UUUUAACGAAAGAAACGAGGAAGGUAUAGAUCACAAGCUUCAUUUUUAGUCUAGGCUUCCUUCUCCCCAGGUACUGAAGGCACUGAAUCGUGCUUGGUCAUAUACACACUAAACUUUCUCUCCUCAUUGCACCUUUUCUAUAAUUGGCUUUUUCUCUCCUUGAACAACCCUCCCAUUACCUAGAACAGAAUCGCGCUAACAUAUAGCUAGUUAUUUGGAUCGGUGGGAGUGGGGGACUAGGCUUAAGGGACCUUAUGCCGUGACUCGCAACGAAAAACGGGGAUACCGUUCUUCACGAAGUAAAUAAAGAAGAAUCGCCAUCUCUACCACGAUCCCUUGGACGUGUCUUUACUACUUAAACAAGCUCCUCGCAGCUUGUCAAGGUCAAGCCCUUCAACCGUUGCUGGCAGCUUAUGCUCAAGUGUCACACCAGACACCAUAUAAGCCAUAGGCCAAUUUCCGGAAAUUGAUCCUUGAGCGCAGUCACAGAGACAAAUGUAUUCGGUACACUCAGCCACAAUGUUCGGAGUUACACCAGGCACAGUACCUUAUGUGCCUCCGCCAACACCCCAAAAGAACUCACCCCCUCGGUACAGGUCUAAGUCUUCGAGUCUUGUUCCUUUCAGGGACGAGUCCAAGUUAGUUGCCUUGCGAUACGACCAGACCGUACAAGCUGAGCCGCCAAUACCAAUACCACCACCUCGAUCUUCUCGUCGUCCACCACCACGCCCUAUUUCUUGCGACACGGCUCGGUCUCCCGUAGUGGUACCACCUCCUCGACCCGCUCCUCCUACCGAGCAGCACCCCGCUUUGAGAACCAUCAGUAGCCCGCGAAUAGAGGCAAUUGAAAAGCGAGAUUCCGGCCACUCUCCCGCGACACCAUCAAGUUCUUGGACCAUUCGCGAAGAUAGCGAAACAGAUGACGAGGACCCUUUCGCUUAUGAAAACAUUCAGAAGUUUCCUGAAAUUAAGCCGCUCGCUUUAGUAACCCGCUCUGCAUCCCCUUCCAUUUAUGCGAGAGUGAGCGAAUCCGGUAGUAGGGCUAGCGCUCCUUCUAUCUCGCCUGCGCUGUCAGAUGGCGAAACUGUUUCACCGACAUCACCAAAUACGCCAUCUUCUAAUUUCUCAAGGUUUGCUCGAAGCUUUAGUUUGCGAUCGAGCCGAUCAAACUCGUCUAAAUCCUCGUUUACGAAAAUGAAGCGUCUACGGAAGAAACCUGCAAAUGAUGGACACGAUGGGGGCCCGGGCGUUGGGAACCCCGGCUAUCCACUAAACGGGCAGGACCGCUCGGCGCCUAAAUCCCUUAGCGGCAGUUUAUCGCCAGUAUCUGACCCCCAUGGUUCUCCAAUUAUUUCUACGACUAUCCCCACCGAGAGCUUAUUAGAAGACGACUUUAUGACCCAGCUGUCCUUCUCCAAGCGUGGUAGCAUCAUCUUCGGUGCCAAACAUCCGCGUACAUCUUUUAGGGACGCGGGCACCAUGGCCGACCAAGAGACCGCUGUCGCGAACGAAAACGCCGACCUUGAACAAUCUAGAGAACCGCGCUCUUUUCCUCUUGUUCCUACGAAGACCUCUGCCAGCGCAAACACGAAGGAACCUGCCAAAUCCUCAACGUUAGCCUCAGGGGCACCCGACAAUGCCAAAACCAACUCCCUACCGCCCACACCUCGUCACCCCCCUCCUAGCGUCCGGGUGAUAUCUGCCGAGGCCGAGAAGGAAUCUCAAAAGGUGAGAUCGCUCUAUGAAUCCGGGGAAGGUCUCAAUUGGGAAGAGGGAGCGGGAUGCUCGUCGAUUGACGGACGUCCCCAAUCCUCAGCAGAACACCCACCAAGAAAGAAUGAGAACGACGCGUCAAGCGAGCCGGCUGGAAACCCUAUACCACUCUCGGUUUCUAUUUCGUCGCCACAAGAUAGGGAGUUGCGACGACAACACGAAUUAGCCGGAGGAAUCGAAGAUUGGGAAGGGGUCCACGUUGGGGACGUCGAUCGUUACGGUUUCAUUUCUGUUCAACAACCACGCGAAACGCGACCGGCCACGGCAUACGAAACCACAUCUGUCCACUAUUCGGAGCGCAAGCAGCGAAAUGUUCUGGUCCGCAAAGAUGCGGCGUCGCUUUCGUCGAGACUUAAGCGCGGGCCCCGAAGAAAGCUGUCGGCCCGCUCUUUGAACACGCAGGCGUCGGGAUUAUCCACAGCAUCCCACCGAUCCGCUCUGUCGGCAAUUCGCCAAGCCACGAACUUAUUGCCGCACAACCGGGACAGGAAAUUGUUAGAUGAGGCCGGAGAUAUCCUUGCCUCACACCCAGGCCUGUCGCAUACCGACGAAGAUGGGUCGGCUGAGAAAAAAUUGACCGAGUCGAAGUUGAAGGAGACGGAGCGCGCUGAGAAAUGGCGAAGGAUGGCCAAAAUAGUGAAAGCCGGUGCGGAUGGGCAAGGUAUGGUGUUCGAGUUUGACGUGAAACAUCCGAAGCUAGUCGAACGGACGUGGAAGGGCAUUCCUGACUGUUGGCGAUCGUCAGCUUGGUACUCGUUCCUCUCCGCCAGUGCCAAGGCUAGCAACGAACCGUCUGCCACAGACGACGAGCUUAAGGCCGAUUUUCACCGGCUCAUCGAGGAACCGUCGCCGGACGAUGGCCAGAUAGACCUAGAUGUACCCCGGACCAUCAACCAGCACAUCAUGUUUCGAAGGAGAUACAGAGGUGGCCAGCGGUUGCUUUUUCGAGUACUGCACUCUCUAUCUCUUUACUUCCCUGAGACGGGCUACGUUCAGGGCAUGGCACCGCUGGCAGCAACCUUUCUAAGUUACUUUGACGAAGAGAGAUGUUUUAUAAUGCUGGUGCGGCUUUGGAAAUAUCGCGGUCUCAAUCGAAUAUACCAGUCAGGAUUUGUGGAGCUCAUGGCUGCUCUGAAAGACUUCGAGCAGGAUUGGUUGGCUAGCAGGGACGUGGCUUCGAAGCUUUCUGAGCUCUGCAUCGAUCCAACCGCGUAUGCUACUAAGUGGUAUCUUACUCUCUUCAAUCUAUCGAUACCCUUUGCCGUCCAACUUCGUGUAUGGGACGCUUUUCUUUUGCUUGGUUCAUCGCCAGACGUUCCCUCUACUCCGAGCAAAUCUGCAGUAGAGCAGCCGUCAUCCAAAGGACUGGAAAUUCUCCACGCGACCAGUCUUGCCAUUAUCGACACGCUCCGACCUGCCCUUCUCGACUCCGAUUUCGAGAACGCGAUGAAGUCUCUUACUUCCUGGAUUCCUAUCAAAGACGCCCAGGGAUUCAUGGACCUUGUGCAAUUAGAAUACAAGCGGCAUCAGAGCAAGCAGAAGAUCUAGGGGACACUACUGCUAUUAUGAUGCACUGCUUGAAUUGGACUUGGUAUUUAUUCAGCGACUUCCACGACUCCAGAAGGCGGAAACACGGGCUGCCUUCUUCAAACUAAUAUUCUCGAAUGUAUAAUCUCGCUACAAGCUGGGUGGAAUAUAUCAUACUGGCUGGCGAGCCAGCGACGACGGGAUGAUCUCGUCCCCCAAACAUCGUUCAGGUCGCGACAAGGACUUGACCUAAUAUCAGAUUCCCUUUGUUUUCCGGAGAAGCGGUGAUGUUUGUUGACGGUGAACUACAUGGUGUAGGGCACGGGAGAGGUUGAUGGAUGGUUCUCGCACUAUACCCCCUAUGCAUUCGAUGGACGGUUAACGAAUGGGAAAACUGGUUGCUCACGUUGAUUAUUCCUCCUACACAAUACUAUUAUUUAAUAAGGAGUCAUACUGCAUAGCCGAAUGGAAGGCCUGUUGGCUAUGCUCCCUAAACUAUGGUCUAGUACUUUGUCCUAGAACUACUAUGAUAAUAUAAUUUGAUUUACCUCG